AUGUGCAGAACUCGGCCCGUCCUCAUUAGAGCUCACCGGCGAGGCCAGGAGGCGAUAAUUCCGCGUCUGCAGAGCAGCCGGGAGGCAGCGGGCUGCAGAGCAGAAGCGGCGCCCUUAUCUGAAAUGAGCCGGCGCGCGAGAGGCGCUCUGCCGCCCGCCCGAUACCGCCGAGGACUGCAGCGGCGGCGGCGGCGACUAAGCGGAUUGAGCCACCCGCCGCCGCCGCCGCCGCCGCCGCCGCCGGAGCCGCCUUUUAAUUUCCGGCGGCCCGGCGCUGCGCCGCGCGCCGUCUCAGCCCGGGUCUUUCUCCAGCGCUCGCCGGGCGCCGCCCAAAUUAAUGGCGGCGUGGGCGGCGCGGGCGGCGCGACUGCAGGUGCCACCUGCAGCGCCCCCGCCUGUCAGCUGAGCAGCUAA